CCGGGCUGGGCACCUCCCCGGGCUGCCGGCGGAGGGCUGCGAGGCGCCGGCGUUACGCUGUUUCCGGUUUUCUAGCGGGCUGUUUCCCCUCCCAAGGCGGCGGCGGAGCGGCGGAGCCCCCCAAAUGGCCUGGCCAGAUGCGGCAGGUUUGCUGCUCAGCGCUGCCGCCGCCGCCCCUGGAGAAGGCUCGGUGCAGCAGCCACAGCCACAGCAGCAGCGGCAGCGGCAGCAGCAGAGGCAGCAGGAGCGGCAGCGGGAGCGGCAGCAGCAGCGGCAGCAGCAGCCCCAGCCACAGCAGCAGCAGCGCCUCCCGUCCCGCUGCGCCGCCCGAGCCGCGGCCGCCGCGACAGCCGCAGCCCCGCAGCCCCGCAGCCCCGCGAGCCGCAGCCGCCGGCGGCAUGAGGCGCGACCCGGCCCCCGGCUUCUCCAUGCUGCUCUUCGGUGUGUCGCUCGCCUGCUACUCGCCUAGCCUCAGGUCGGUGCAGGACCAGGCGUACCAGGCGCCCGUGGUGGUGGAGGGCAAGGUGCAGGGGCUGGUCCCGGCGGGCGGCCCCGGCCCCAACGGCACCCGCGAGCCGCCCGCCGCGGGCCGCGUGGCGCUGGUGAGGGUGCUGGACAAGUGGCCGCUGCGCAGCGGGGGGCUGCAGCGCGAGCAGCUCAUCAGUGUGGGCUCCUGCGCGCCGCUGGAGAGGAACCAGCGCUACAUCUUUUUCCUGGAGCCCACCGAGCAGCCCUUAGUCUUCAAGACGGCCUUCGCCCCGCUCGACACCAACGGCAAAAACCUCAAGAAAGAGGUGGGCAAGAUCCUGUGCACCGACUGCGCCACGCGGCCCAAGCUGAAGAAGAUGAAGAGCCAGACGGGACAGGUGGGCGAGAAGCAGUCACUGAAGUGUGAGGCAGCAGCGGGCAAUCCCCAGCCCUCCUACCGCUGGUUCAAGGAUGGCAAGGAGCUGAACCGCAGCCGUGACAUCCGCAUCAAGUAUGGCAACGGCAGAAAGAACUCGCGACUACAGUUCAACAAAGUGAAGGUGGAGGAUGCUGGCGAGUAUGUCUGUGAGGCCGAAAACAUCCUGGGGAGGGACACGGUCCGGGGCCGGCUGCACGUCAACAGCGUGAGCACCACUCUGUCAUCCUGGUCGGGACAUGCCCGGAAGUGCAACGAGACUGCCAAGUCCUAUUGUGUCAAUGGAGGUGUCUGCUACUACAUCGAGGGCAUCAACCAGCUCUCCUGCAAGUGUCCUGUGGGAUACACCGGGGACAGGUGUCAGCAGUUCGCAAUGGUCAACUUCUCCAAGCACCUUGGAUUUGAACUAAAGGAAGCCGAGGAGCUGUACCAGAAGAGAGUCCUGACUAUCACCGGCAUCUGCGUGGCUCUACUGGUCGUGGGCAUUGUCUGCGUGGUCGCCUACUGCAAGACCAAGAAACAAAGGAAGCAGAUGCAUAACCACCUCCGGCCGAACAUGUGCCCAGCCCACCAGAACCGGAGCUUGGCCAACGGGCCCAGCCACCCCCGGCUAGACCCCGAGGAGAUCCAGAUGGCAGAUUACAUCUCCAAGAAUGUGCCAGCCACAGACCACGUCAUCCGGAGGGAAACUGAGACCACCUUCUCUGGGAGCCACUCCUGUUCUCCUUCUCACCACUGCUCCACAGCCACGCCCACCUCCAGCCACAGGCAUGAAAGCCACACGUGGAGCCUGGAACGUUCUGAGAGCCUGACCUCUGACUCGCAGUCGGGCAUCAUGCUGUCAUCAGUGGGCACCAGCAAGUGCAACAGCCCUGCGUGUGUGGAGGCCCGGGCGCGGCGGGCGGCGGCCUCCGGCCUGGACGAGAGGCGCAGGGCUGCCACACCACCCUACCAUGACUCCAUAGACUCCCUGCGGGACUCCCCACACAGCGAGAGGUACGUGUCGGCCCUGACCACGCCCGCGCGCCUCUCUCCCGUGGACUUCCACUACUCGCUGGCCACGCAGGUGCCGACGUUCGAGAUCACGUCCCCCAACUCGGCGCACGCCGUGUCGCUGCCGCCGGCCGCGCCCAUCAGCUACCGCCUGGCGGAGCAGCAGCCGCUCCUACGGCACCCGGCGCCACCCGGCCCGGGCCCCGGCGCAGACAUGCAGCGCAGCUACGACAGCUAUUACUACCCCGCGGCGGGGCCGGGACCGCGGCGCGGGGCCUGCGCGCUGGGCGGCAGCCUGGGCAGCCUGCCCGCGAGCCCCUUCCGGAUCCCCGAGGACGACGAGUACGAGACGACGCAGGAGUGCGCGCCGCCGCCCCCGCCGCGCCCGCGCGCCCGCGGCGCGUCCCGCAGGACGUCGGCGGGGCCCCGGCGCUGGCGCCGCUCGCGCCUCAACGGGCUGGCGGCGCAGCGCGCACGCGCGGCGCGGGACUCGCUAUCGCUGAGCAGCGGCUCCGGGGGCGGCUCGGCUUCCGCCUCGGACGACGACGCGGACGACGCGGACGGGGCGCUGGCGGCCGAGAGCACGCCUUUCCUCGGCCUGCGCGCGGCGCACGACGCGCUGCGCUCGGACUCGCCGCCGCUGUGCCCGGCGGCCGACAGCAGGACUUACUACUCCCUGGACAGCCACAGCACGCGGGCCGGCAGCAGACACAGCCGCAGGCCGCCGCCGCGGGCCCAGCAGGACUCGGCGCCCCUCUAGGGCCCCCGCCGCCCGCCGCCCCCGCCGCCUCGCCCGCCCCACUGUCCUUAAGGAGAACGGAGACCACCGACUGGAGAGAAAGGAGGAAAAAAAGAAAUAAAAAUAUUUUUAUUUUCUAUAAAAGGAAAAAGGUAUAACAAAAUGUUUUAUUUUCAUUUUAGCAAAAAUUGUCUUAUAAUAUUAGCUAACGGCAAAGACGUUUUUAUAGGGAAACUAUUUAUAUGUAACAUCCUGAUUUACAGCUUCGGAAAAAAAAAA